GCGCUGCGCAUGCGCUCUCUCGUAGAGUCUCAGUACAGUCUGCUUUGUUGGGACCAUCGACGACACUCAGCAAGUCAUUUGCUGAUUGUAAGCGAUUGUGGAGAGUAUUCACAGUCUUUGACGGUUCUUAGACAUUGUUCAUUGUUUAAAAGUUUACAGUCAGGACUUGUUUCGCCGUGCGGACGCUUCAGACGACAGAAGUCAGGACCUCCUGUAUAUAAACAUAACGCAGCGAGCUGCUGUUAAGGUGGCACGUUAAAGAUUGCUACAAAAACAAGUCUAUCCCGAUUCCCGUUUAAGCUAGCUAACUUCCUCUUGGCCGCACUCCCAGAGAUGGAUAUCAUCACAGUGCUUUGUUAGGAGUUAAACUCCAAAACCCAUGCGUGCGAACAUGAGAGAAGGGGACAGUUUGUUGUUCGGAAGGCAGCUCAUGGCAAGUGAAAGAGGUGGUGAACAUCCCUGCUGCUGUCCCUACUUGACAGAGGAGAAAGGAGCACUUGAUAACGAGAAGGACGAUCUGAAGCCACCUGGCCAUUUGUCCAGGUCAUAGUAGUAUAAAAUUAGACUUUGGUAAAUGAUGGAGACGGUGGGGAAAUUUGAGUUCAGUCGGAAGGACCUGAUAGGACAUGGCGCAUUUGCUGUAGUCUUCAAAGGUAGACACCGAGAGAAACAUGACUGGGAGGUGGCAGUGAAAUGCAUAAACAAAAAGAACCUGGCCAAAUCCCAGACACUGGGGAAAGAGAUCAAAAUACUCAAGGAACUGAAACAUGAAAAUAUUGUUGCAUUACUGGACUUUCAGGAAACUGCCAGCUCAGUGUACCUGGUAAUGGAGUACUGCAAUGGGGGCGACCUUGCUGACUACCUACAUUCCAAAGGCACGCUGAGUGAGGACACUAUUAGGGUUUUCCUGCAGCAGAUUGCAGGGGCCAUGAGGGUCCUACAGGCUAAAGGCAUAAUUCACAGGGACCUCAAACCUCAGAACAUUCUGCUCUCCUACCCACUGGGACGCAAGUCGCACUCCAACAACACCUGCAUCAAGAUUGCGGACUUUGGCUUUGCCAGGCACCUUCAGAACAACAUGAUGGCGGCAACACUCUGUGGGUCCCCUAUGUAUAUGGCUCCUGAGGUCAUUAUGAGCCAAAAUUAUGAUGCCAAAGCAGACUUGUGGAGUAUAGGAACUAUAGUGUUUCAGUGCUUGACUGGGAAGGCUCCUUUUCAGGCUAGCAGCCCCCAGGACCUCCGGCUGUUCUAUGAAAAAAACAAGACUCUCAGCCCCAAUAUCCCCAGAGAGACUUCAAGCCAUCUGAGGCAGCUGCUGCUGGGUCUACUGCAGCGCAACCACAAAGACCGCAUGGACUUUGAUGAGUUUUUUUGUCAUCCAUUCCUGGAGGCUAGCUCAUCCGUUAAAAAGACAACUCCUACUGUGACCAUGACUUGUUUCCCAAGCUCUGCAUCUGCCAGCUCGUGUAGCAGCUCUUCCACCUCUCAUCUUGCCUCACCACCGCAGUCUCUUGCUGAGGUUCAGCAUUUGCGUGCCAAAGCUCUGGCUUCCCCUACCCAGGAGGCCACUGGUUUUCUCCUCAAGGACUCAUGUGGAGGGGGUGGCAGCAGUAAGAACUCCUCCUCCUGUGACACAGAUGACUUUGUCAUAGUGCCUGCUCACUUUACCACAGGUGAGCUGACAUGUGAGAGUAAAGUGCUGCAGGACAGCCUGAUGAACAGCGGCUCUCUUCUGGCUUCUGCUGGUCUGUGCAGCCAAGCCAAAACACCACCACACUCGCCAUACCACAGUGGCUCUCCAAGUCCUGUCAGGCCCACUGAGUUCUUGGGAAGUAACUGUGAUGGCAACUAUGGAAACCAUGGUCAGUCCUUGCCUAUCCCAGUCCCCACUCAGGUCCAGAACUACCAGCGCAUGGAGCAGAACCUCUAUCCUACCAAUCAGAAUGGCUCACCACGGUUGUCAGCGCCAGUGCGUCGUUGCAGCAGUGGGAGCUCGUUGGGCUUUGCUCGGACUGGCCCUUCACCACCCUAUGGGCAGGGAGCAGUUACCACCAACCGCAGGUUCUCCCUGGGAGGCGCCAGACCUCUCCAGCUCUGCCCUCAAGCUGCUCAGCAUGUUGAAACCCGGCCGAUUUCUCAGCAACACCCACAGACGACAGGACUGGGCACACGACUCCACAGUGCUCCUUGUUUGUUGGAGUGCACCAGUGGCGGUGGCAGACACAAGAUUCGGAAGCAGUACUCAGACCCGGUGGUGGCUCCUUCAACAGGCCUGAUGACUGUCUGCCCCCUACACACUUCACCCAGACUAAGUGAACUGUUGCAGCGCAGCCCCCUUCCCACCAUCCUGGGCUCCCCUUCCAGGGUUAGGAGAGACAGAGAAAAGAAUACCAUCCCUCCAUUUGAAUUCCCCAAGCCUCCCAGCUCGCCAAACCUUGUGACCUUCCUGACACAUCAGGGUUUGGUCAUGGGCUCACCUUGCAGCAGGACUGCCCCAGCAGAGCCCAGGGAGCCAGGACACUACGCACCUCUGCAGGUCACCCAACCUGCACACUGUAUCCACAAAAUGCAUGAGGAUACCAAUGGAUUUGGAAGGUCUCAGAGUGCUGGCCGUCUGUCUGACGUGUUGCUGAUGGCUGCAUUUGGACCAGGUGGGCCUGUGGGUGAACGAGGCAGCGCAGAGAAUCUGACCUCUGAAAGAGCCAUAGACAUAACAGUGCCCCCAAGUGGUGGGGGAGGCCUUGCACCUGGCUCCAGCAGCCCAGCACAGGUGGUUUUCACUGUGGGCUCUCCUCCCAGUGGCAGCACCCCACCUCAUACCUCCAGACAGAGGAAAUACUCAGGCUCAUUUACUUCAGUCAGCCCUGCAGGCUCCUUCACCAGCCGGUACCCCCUGACAGGCACCUAUCUGGAUGGCUUUGAGCCUCCUCCUAGUCCUCGCUACAGUUUCACUGAUCCUAUCACAGCCAACAUGGGCGGUCCUGUAACCUUCGAGGCCCCUGAACUACCUGAGGAGACAUUGAUGGAGCAGGAACAUACAGACAAUGUGCAGAGACUACGUUUCAUGUUGGAAUUUGCCUUUUGUAUGAUGGAGGUUGCUGGAACCCGUGGUGCUGCAGUGAUGGGAGAGCAGGGGGACAUUCCUCCUCCCUCCUUCCAUCAGCAGCAAAGCAUGGUAGCAGAUCAGAUAAGCUCACUGAGCCGAGAGUGGAGUCAUGCAGAACAGUUGGUUCUCUACCUUAAGACUGCAGAACUCUUGUCCACUGCCUUGCACACAGCCAUGGAGCGAGUUAAACAGGGCAAACUCUACCCAUCUGCUACAGUCAAGCAAGUUGUGAGGAGGCUGAACGAGCUCUACAAGUCCAGUGUGGCAUCUUGCCGCUUACUCAGCACCCGUCUGGAGCGCUUCUUUUCCAGGAAGCACAGUCUUAUGGACCAAAUCACCUCCAUCACAGCUGAACGUCUGCUGUUCAGCCACACUGUGCAGAUGGUUCAGGCUGCUGCACUGGAUGAAAUGUUCCACCAGGGGGAAGCAUCAGUCCUGCGCUACCAUAAAGCUCUCCUGUUGAUGGAGGGCUUGUCUCUGCUGCUCACUGAAAAGGAUGACAUUCUCAGUGUUAGCAAAUGUAAGGAGUACAUUGAACGCCGCCUCACAGCUUUGCAGUCAGGAUUGUGUGUUUGAGUGUCCUACACUGCUUUUUGGUGUAAACAGGAUAGCAUUUAUUUGCACCCUGCACAUUACCAAUGAGCCAAAUCUCUGCAUUACAUGGUUUUCACUUAGGAAUGCUUUAGUUUUCAUAAGAAAACUAUAGAGCUUCAGUUUUCACUGAACCUCCUGGGUUUGUGCUCUCUGAAUGGCUUGCCAUUCAUUUUGACUUUUGGACAGUGGCAGUGACUUCCCCAACACUAAACAUGGAUGAGUGUUGGACAUGAAGCACUUGUGCUGUGAAAGAAUGUCUCAGCUCUCGUCUAGGUGAGAGGACUUUUCUCCUGGCACUGAAGAGAAGAAAAUUCCCCUCACUAGGUGUAAUACAUGCUGAAGCAAUUAUUGCCAAGUAGUUACAUACCCACAUACAGUGCAUAUCUACACAUAAACACAUAGCGUUUUAAGAUGGACAAAUAUACAUGCUACAAAUUGCAAUAGGCAACUCUAUAGAGAAAAUUUUAUCUUUUACCAAGUGUCUCCUGUACAACUACAUAUGGAUGUGUACUGAUGAAGGCUGGUAGUGGCCAAGGAUCAUUCUCAUGAAAUUUAUCUUUGUCUUAUAUCAGUGUUUGGUUUCCUGGGUUUGUUUGUUAGACUUUUAUCUAAUUAUUAAUUGUUUGCUGGACAGAAGUGUGUGUGUAUAUAGUAUUGCCGCUGUUGGUGGCUGGAAGCACAUUCAAUCACUGUCUCAAAACUGUUGCCAAAUUGAGUUUUGUUUUGUUGUUUCACUGUAGUUUCACUGUAGGUGACUGUUCUGGUUUAGAAAACAUCUCUGUAUUUAACACUUUACUAAUUCUCAAUUUCAGAGACCAUGUCUCCUCAUCGAAACAAUAAUGUAGCAAGAAUUUUGGUAAUAGCGGUGGCAGGUAUUAAAGCAACAGGCAGACAAUUGGUCCAGAAAACACUCAGUACCCCACUGAUGCAUGCAAACUAUAGCUUUUCAUUCAAGAGGGACUGAAACUGGUCUGUUAGCAUCAUUUAUCACAAUCACGUUAAAGAUGCUGCAAUAACCUGAAAUCUAUUUUUCGGAUAUACAGAAGCUUAGGUGCUGCUGUUGCUGGUCAGCUCUUCACAAGAUUCCAUAGUCUGUCUUUUUCUGUUGUAUCUAUCAGUGAUGUUGGACUUUGGCAAGUAUAAUCAAAUUUGAAUGUAGGGCUGGCAGGAGAAAGACAUCACAAAUAUUAGCCAAAUGUUAAUUAACAUUUAGGCUGAUCCUGGGGCUAACUUUUGAAGAUUUCUGCACUGUUGAAGUACUGUAUAGAACGAUUUUGAUGGAACAUGCUAAACAUCAAGCUUUUGGAGAUACCUAGAAAGAUUAGCUUAUUUACAGAUUUAUAUGCGUAGUGCAACGUUAGUUGUAAUAUAGUUUCUCUCAAAAGGUAAUGUAUGUUAUAUGGGUGAAAGUUGCCAAGGAGAUGGCAGAAGCUAUGAAACCUUGGAAGGAUUUCUUUAAGAAGAAAGAGGAGAAGAUAAAUGGCAUUACACUGAAAAAAAUAAUUUACAUCAGUUGUGUUGUAUUUCAGAGUAGUCAGUGACAGUUAUGCUUGAUUUUAGAGUGCUUGUUGAAAAUGUGUAUUUUACAUGUAAUAUUUGUGUAUUUAUGACCUUGACCUCAGCCAUCCAUCCCAAUAAGAUCCCUUAACUCCCCUAAAUUGUAGGCCAGUGGGAAGGGUCAACUUCUAUUCUAAUUGUUUUCAAAGAUACGUUUGUGUGCAUUGCAUGUGUGGUGUGGUGGUGUUUAUGAAAUUCAUAGACGGUGGGAUUUAUUUGAUCUGAUUUUGACUCCAGCUGACAGCGUGGAUGUGGCUGACUCUGGUUAUGAUCCCGCUUUUACAUAUGAAACAAAAUCCAGGAUUCCAAGGGUUCCUCUGGUGUAACCCACUGCUAUCCUUGUUCCUUGGGGUGUAUUUCUUUUGUCUUUCUAAGUUUUUAUAAUGGUGAUUAAGUGCAUAUUCUAGAAUAAGGCAGUAAUGUGUGGUCAUGGCUGAAGAUAGUUUAUGAUGAGAUUAUGAAGACAGUCUAGUAGCUUUGUCAGCAGAACAGGAAGGAAGAGGGGGUUUUCCCAGUGAAGAUUUCUCUAAAUAUACAUUGUGUAUUUGCUUUGUGACCUUUUGUCAGAAAACCUCUGAGGUUUUCUUUGAUAUUACUGUACCAAGACCAUCUUGUGCAUAUAUAAUGUUUUUGAGUAUACAUUUUUAACAUCAACUUUUCACCAGGCUUUCUGUCUCUACAGAAGCUGUGCUGUUCAGUCUGCAGAGUGUCGAUGUCUCAAAAGACAUGUAGCAAGACGUCAUAACCGCUUUAUUAAACUGAUGCAUGUGUCACUUGUUAUUGUUGCAACAUGGCAGUUUAUUGCACACCCACCAUGUUUUCAUGUGUGUAGGCUAAAAGGCUAAAACAAUCUCAGAAAAAAAAUCCUGUGCAUUGAAUUAAUGCACCUAAAAGGUGAUAUGAGUGCAGUUACAACAUUUUGACUUUCUUUAUCAGGUACUUCUCAACAUCUGACCACUUCAUUUGUUAUUGUUCCCUACAGUCAUCGCUGUUGUCCAUGUUAAUGCUGAUGAUCUUGGGCAUGAGUCAUAAUCCCUAUAGUAAUAAUUUAUGCAGCAGUUGAAACAAUUAGAGUAUAAUGGUAAAGCAAGCUGGUAUUGGAAGUGCAGAGGUGGGGCCCUGUGACAAGCAUAUAUCUACUUUGCUUAAGUGCCCUUGAGCACAAUACUCCCUACCAGCUCUAGGGUUGUUCACAGAUUCAGAAAAAGAUAAAAUUGUGUUUCCAUAGUGAAGAUUUAGCCUAUGUGAACUCCAACAAUAGAUCUAUCAUUCAUUUGGAUUUAUCUUUUGUAUGUUUGCUAAGAAUGUACCUGAAUGUUUUCAUUUUGUUUUAUCCUUACUAAUUUCUGUAUUACCUGUAAAUAUUGCAAAUUAAGUUAUUGUAUAUGCAGGCAUGAAGGGAACAGCACCAUACUACCUAUACAUUUCCAAAGACUAAGCCUUCUGCUGAUCUUCCAUAUUGUCUCUUACUGUUGUAAAAGCAUUUUAAUGUUGUCUUACCUUUAACAGACACACUGUCUCCAUAUGUGUGUGACAUAACCAUUACUCUUUUAGAGUUGCAACAUGAAUAAAGUGAAAAGAAAGGUAA